GAGGAGGGUGUGUUUUCCUAUCACUGCAGCAUCAGCACUGAACAGGGGCACAAUCAAUUUGAUAGAGAGAAGAGGAGAAAAAGGCGCAAGUGCAUUCAGACAGCGGGCAAGUGAAAAAAACAGGACUUGGGAGGAAUCUACUGUCAAGCAUUUCUGAGGAGAGCUGGACCAGCAGGGGGUGUGGACCUGACCGUGAGGAGACAGGAAGAAAAGCAGGAGCCUCUGCGAUUGUGUGGCCCGACACUCUUCUGCAGGGCAGUGUAAGCGUGUCUGAGCAGGUGGGACUUUGAUGGGAGAGUGAGCAAUGCCUCACAUGCAGCGACAGCAGGUUGGCAGUAGGGGGCAGUGCUGGUCCCGCCUCCCCCUCUUUCUUCUCCUCCUUGCCCUCAGAGACCAGCCAAUCAGAGCUGCCAUACACAUUCCCUCCACCUACCGCAUAAGUGAUCUGAAAGAACCUCCAACGAUAACCACGCAGCCUGAGUCCGUUACAGUUUUCAGCAUUGAAGAUUUUGUGAUGACCUGUGACGCUUCAGGCAACCCUGCACCCAUUUUUCGAUGGACAAAGAAUGGAGAGGAGUUUGAUCCAGGUGUUGACCCGGAGCUCAAAGUGACAGAGAAAGUGGGUUCAUUUGUUUUCUACACACUGAGCAACACCGUGGACUCACUCAAGAAUUAUCAGGGCAAAUAUGUCUGUCUGGCGUCUAACGAACUUGGAACAGCAGUCUCCAAUGAGGCCAUACUCAGCGUUGACGCUCCUCCAACACAACAGAAAGAGAAGAAGGUCAGUUUAAAGACAGACGAAGGCAACAGCAUUGUCCUGAAGUGCAACCCCCCGCAGAGUGCUAUGGAACCUAUCAUUCACUGGAUGGACUGGAGGCUACUUCACAUCGCCCUAAGUGAACGUGUCAUGCAUGGGACCGAUGGCAACCUGUACUUUGCCCAUGUGACCACGGAGGACAGCAGAAAUGACUACACCUGCAAUGUCCAGUAUUUGGCCACACGCACCAUUUUGGCUAAGGAGCCCAUCACACUGACAGUCACCCCCUCCAAUGCAGUGGUCCGGCGCAGGAGACCGCACAUGAUGAGGCCAACGGGAACCCACAGCUCGUACCUCGCCCUCAGAGGCCAGUCUCUGGUGCUGGAGUGCCUGGUCCAAGGAUACCCAACUCCUAAAGUCAAAUGGCUGCGUAAGGAUGGUGAGCUGUCCGAAUCCCGUACCACGAAAGAGAUGUUUGACCGUCGCCUCCGCUUCACCAACAUCUCAGAGAGCGACAACGGAGAGUACCAGUGUAUUGCAGAGAACACACAAGGAAAAGUAGUGCAUACUUACACUGUCUCUGUGGAAGCGGCACCAUAUUGGGUAAAGGAGCCCCUGAGUCAGCUGUAUGCUCCAGGUGAAACAGUGAAACUGGACUGUCAUGCAGAUGGUAUUCCCACUCCAACCAUCACCUGGACUAUCAAUGGGACUCCUCUUUCAGCCAUUGACAAGGAUCCCAGACGUGUCUCAGACGAUGGAUCUUUGACUCUUAAGGAUGUCAACUUUGGAGACACUGCCAUUUACCAGUGCCAAGCCUCCAACAAGCAUGGGACUAUUCUUACCAACACCAAUGUCUACGUGAUAGAACUGGACCCACAAAUCCUCACUAAAGAUGGGAUUUCUUAUGAGUAUGUGGAGGGCCAGAAGGCAUUAUUUGAGUGUGACACCUUUGGAUCUCCUAAACCUAAAGUUACUUGGGAGAGUGAGAGCACGUCCUCCCUGCUGUCAGAUCCCAGAGUCAACCUGCUCACCAACGGGGGGCUUGAGAUUUUGAACGUCACCCACGACGACGAGGGACUUUACACUUGCUCUGUGGAGAAUACCAACAUGUCAGUCAGUGCGCAGUUGGAAAUACUCAACAGGACAGUGGUGGUAUCUCCUCCCCAGGACCUUAAAGUGCAGCCGGGACACUCAGCCACCUUCAGCUGUGUCUCCUCUGUGGACCCCAAACUCAGUCCCCCUUUCAUUCAGUGGAGGAAGAACGAGCAGAAGAUCUUUGAGUCCCACAGUGAUGACAGAUAUACUUUUGAGGGCUCAGAUUUGAUCAUUUCUAAUGUCCAACAAGUUGAUGAAGGAAAGUACACCUGUCAGGUCAUCACUGAUCUGGAUAUGGCAGAAGCAAGUGGCACUCUUGCUUUAUAUGAUCGUCCAGAUCCACCGACUCUACUUCAGAUUACAAAUGCUAAAGAACGUGUUGUGACUCUCAGCUGGACCCCCGGAGAUGAGCACAAUAGCCCUGUUAUAGAGUACAUUGUUGAGUUUGAGGACCAAGAAGAGAAGAGUGAAUGGGAGGAGCUGAAGAGAGUAGGAGGAACCCAACAGAACACCCGCCUGUCCCUCUGGCCAUACAUGUCUUACCGCUUCCGAGUUAGUGCCGUUAACGAAGUGGGCAAAAGUGUACCCAGUAAACCCAGUGACAUCUGUAUCACCCAAGCAGACGGUCCAGAUAAAAAUCCAAAAGGUGUAAGAAGCGACUCUACAGACCCAGAUACUUUAGUCAUCACAUGGGAGGAAAUGGACAAACGUGACUUUAAUGGGCCUGACUUUAGGUACCGUGUGAUGUGGAGACGAGUGGUGGGCAGUGGUCCCAACUGGAACACCAACUACACCACGUCCCCCCCACUCAUUCUCUAUGACAUCGGCGACUUCUCACGUUUUGAGAUCAAAGUGCAAGCUGUGAACAAGGUGGGAGAUGGCCCUGAACCAAACCCUAUCGUUGGAUACUCGGGAGAGGAUGUCCCACUGGAGGCGCCUGAGGUGGUGGGUGUUUCACUGGUGAACAGCACAGCCAUCAGAGUGACCUGGGCUCCAGUGGACAAAAACACAGUGAGAGGGAACCUGCUGGGAUACAAGAUCCAUUUGACCUGGAAGGGCUCGAGGGCUCACCAACACAGCCGCAGGUCCACAGAGCUGGAGGCCACGUGGGUAGUGGAGACCGGAGCCAACGAAGAGAAGAAAGUGAUCAAUGACCUCAGGCCAUACUCUCACUAUAACCUGGCAGUCACUGUGUUCAACAGCAAGGGCGAGGGACCCCCCUCUGAGACCCUGCUCUUCAACACAAACGAGGGAGUCCCUGGGCCUCCAAAAUCUCUAACACUGGACAGCCCUUCAGAAACAGAGAUCACUCUUCGCUGGAUACCACCAGAGGAACCAAAUGGGGUAUUGAAGGGAUAUCUUCUGCAAUACCAUCGGAUUGUGAAGCCGGAUGACAGCCCCAUGCUGGUAGAGACCAUUGAUGACCCCACAGUGACCCACCUUACGCUGAAAAACCUGGACCGCCACAGCCACUACCGCUUCUACCUGAGGGGGCGCACCUCUGCUGGAGAAGGGGAGUCCAUCAAGAAAGAUGGGGCUACGACAUUGGAAGGAGCUCCUCCUGUAAACAUCAGUGUAUCUGUGGGAGAGUCUUCAGCCAACUUCAGCUGGGUGGCUAAGAAGAGACAUCGCAGUGUCAACUUUCAGAUUGAAUACCUCAAUAAAAAUGAUGGCUCUAAGUGGAAAAAGGUGGAAAAGGUAGAUUCUUCACUGCCUUUUUACCAGCUGCAGGGCCUGACACCAGGCUCUCAUUACCGCAUGCGCCUCUCCUACAACAACAGCACCUUCUGGGAGGACGACCUAGACACCGAGGGGACCGCGAUGAUGGAGAGGCAGCCGCAUUUUCCCACUGAGGGCUGGUUUAUUGGGCUUGUAAGCGCCAUCGCCCUGCUGCUGCUGAUACUGCUGAUUCUGUGCUUUAUCAAGAGAAGCAAAGGAGGGAAGUAUUCAGUGAAAGAUAAAGAGGAGGGGCCGCUGGACUCUGAGGCAAGGCCUAUGAAAGACGAGACGUUUGGAGAGUACAGUGAUCUGGAGGAGAAGCGCACAGCCAGCCAGCCCUCCUUAUGCGAGGAGAGCAAGCUGUGCAGUCAGGACAACUUGGACUUCAAUGGCAGCAGCGCCAUCACCACGGAGAUGAACCUGGACGAAUCUUUGGUGAGCCAGUUUAGCCGGCCUAGCGAUGUACCGGGCACCGACCUCCAAACAACCAACAACGUCCUCAACAAUGCGGUCACCUUUCUGGAUUAGGCCUCUCUCCAAAUCUAAACACAGCGAACCAUCAGACCAAAACAUGUCAACACAUAUGUGCCCAUACGUUUCCCUGCAUCAGCGACUAACACACAAUCAAUUUAAGCAACUACUCAGAUGCCCCAUGGCUGUACUCUGAGGGACUGGACUAUUUUGACCAAAGGAGUGUCCAAAGUAGUGGACGAUAUGAUUUACAAGCCUGACCUAAAGCCACUUGAGGAUGCCGAUAGGCCCUCCUUGUCUUAUCAAGUCUUUUCAUUGUCAUCUGUCUUUGUCUCAAGCAGCUGGUGGGUAAAAGGAGGUUAAUUUAAGGUAGAAUUUGAACAGAUGGCUCCGAGGUGUGGUCCUACAAUAAUGCAGUAAGAUGAAUGUGGGGAAACAAACAGCAGACAUAGCUGUAAUUUUAUGUUUUGUAUUUCUUUGUAUUAUGUAUGGACUAAUUGUGUACCAAGCCAUUUGUUUGUAUUUAUUUAUUUUUAUAUUGUAUUAUUGUUUCUAUACAUUUAAACCUUGAUCAAAUCUAACCAUUGGAACACACAUAUUAAGCUAAGUUUGUUACUUUAUUGGAUGCAUACGGGGAACUUGCUGUGAAAAUCUUAGUAGCACCUGGUGUACAUACUGCAUUGACAUGUAUCUAUUUAGCCAUAUGACAGUAUUACAUAUAUGUAAACAUGCUCCCCAUAUGUCCCUGUGCCUGCUGGGUUUGCAUAGAGCACCAGAUUGAUGUCAUUAUACUCUCUUGCCUUCCCACCAGAAGUGUAAUGGCACUAUUGGAAACAACGAUAAUGUAUGUUAAUUGUGUGGAGACCCGUGUGUAACUUUCUAUAUGUCUCUGUCUGCAUUGUAUUAAAUCACUAUUGUCUUUAACACACAACCUUUCCAUACCUGUCCAUCUCAAAGCUUUAGUUGGAGCAGUACUUGUGUAUGUUGGAUACAGAUGAGAGCGGUGUCCGCUCUCAGGUCAUACUUUGAAUCCUCCAUUGAUGCACGCUGCAGACAGGCUUUAUGUGAGCUGAAGUUUGAAUGUAUUCUUGUUAGAAAUGAGCAGACACUGUAUUUACACAUACAAGAAAAAAGUCCAGAAAGUCCAGUUUGGUUUGCCACUGAAUGUAAAUACACCCUGAAAUUGUUUUGAUGAAUUUGAUAUGAAAAAAGCGACUUUAU